AUGUUGGGGUUUGGUGGACUUGCCGUCCCCAAGAUCAAUCUGAUAAUGUCGCUCAUUUGCCGCGACUAUCUCGCCGAAAAGGGAACGCAGGAUCCUACUUUCACCUAUCUUCCUGUCAUUUUCGGCGACCAUAAUCCUCAAUGUCAGAUCCCACAAGUUCAGUCGCUUGUCGCCCAGUUCCAGCUUUACCUCAACUUGGCAGCCGGCAUCUUGUCUGCAUUGGUGAGCCCCCGACUGGGUCAUCUAUCUGACCGAUAUGGGAGAACUAAGAUGAUCGCGCUGGGCGCUAUGGGCGCCGUCUUCAAUGAGAUCAUCACCGUGGCUGUGGCUACAUGGCCGGACCAAUUCUCCGUCAACUUUCUUCUUGUUGGUGCAGUUCUGGAUGGAUUAGGAGGAUCAUUUACAACCGCACAGGCUCUCAUCCACUCCUAUGCCUCGGACUGCACGCCGAUAGAGAAGCGAAGCGUGGCGUUUGGUCUCUUCCAUGGCGCUUUAUUCUUUGGAAUCGCAGUUGGGCCUGGUGCCGCCGCGUUUUUGAUUAAGAAUGGAGGCACCCUGCUUGUUUUCUACAUCGCACUCGCAUUCCAUGUCACUUUCUGCCUCUCGGUGUGGUUUAUCGUGCCGGAAUCCCUAUCCAAAGACCGACAACUCGCUGCCCGCGAGAGGCAUCGUUCAAAGGCUUCGGGUGCCGACUCCCCCAAGUGGUAUUCCUGGCAGAUCUGGAACCCAAUGAACCUCAUUACUCCUCUGGCGAUUUUGCUACCUGCUGUUGGAAGGCCCAGUAUCUUGUUUCCCAACCGACGCGGUGCAAGCCCAGCUCUCCGGCGGAAUAUCGUCCUGCUGGCAGGCAUCGAUACCGCCGUGUUCGGCGUCGCAAUGGGCACGGUCCAAAUCAUUAUCAUCUACGCCGAGUACAUGUUUAGCUGGGGAAGCGUGGAGUCGAGUCUCUUCGUCGCAGUCAUCAACGUGGUGCGUGUCGUCAACCUUUUCGUUGUGCUCCCCAUCAUUUCGUGGCUCUUCCGUACGCCUUCCAAAGAAGAUGGUGCAGUCCGCGGCUCUGACAUGUUGGAUGUUGUGCUCAUUCGCACUUCCAUCAUCUUCGAUAUUUUGGGCUACGUUGGUUAUGCCAUGUCAAGUCACCCAUUGCAGAUGAUGGUUUCUGGUGCCAUUGCCUCCCUAGGCGGCAUGGGAUCCGCAAUCUUGCAAUCCUCUAUCACCAAGCAUGUGCCCCACGAAAGAAUCGGCCAAAUGCUUGGUGCUACUGGUCUCUUGCAUGCUCUUGCUCGUAUUGUUGCCCCAACAAUCUUCAACCUAAUUUACAGUCUGACUGUAGCAACACUGCCACAAACAGUCUUCGUAGCUCUUGCAGCUGUCUUUGCAGUGGCGUUCUUCAUGAGCCUUCUCAUCAAACCACAUGUUACUCUCGAAGGCGAGCCCGCUGCUGAUGUCAGAGCUGAAGCAAACGAGCAUGGUAACAAUGAGCAUGAUUCCCUUCUGCGCAAUACAUAG